AUGCGAUCUUACGCUCUUCUCGCCCUGGCCGGCCCUCUCGCCGUGAGUGCUGCUUCUGGAAGCGGACACUCUACUCGAUACUGGGAUUGCUGUAAGCCCUCUUGCUCUUGGGGCGGAAAGGCUGCUGUCAGCGCCCCUGCUUUGACCUGUGACAAGCAGGACAACCCCAUCUCAAACUUGAACGCUGUCAACGGUUGUGAGGGUGGUGGUUCUGCCUUCGCCUGCACCAACUACUCUCCUUGGGCGGUCAAUGACAACCUUGCCUAUGGCUUCGCUGCCACCAAGCUUUCUGGUGGUUCCGAGAGCAGCUGGUGCUGUGGUUGCUACGCACUUACCUUCACCACCGGUCCCGUCAAGGGCAAGACCAUGGUCGUUCAGUCCACCAACACCGGAGGCGAUCUCGGUGAGAACCACUUCGAUCUUAUGAUGCCUGGUGGCGGUGUUGGAAUCUUCGACGGCUGCACUUCUCAGUUCGGCAAGGCUCUCGGUGGUGCCCAGUACGGUGGCAUCUCUUCCCGAAGCGAGUGCGAUAGCUUCCCUGAGACACUCAAGGACGGUUGCCAUUGGCGAUUUGACUGGUUCGAGAACGCCGACAACCCCGACUUCACCUUUGAGCAGGUCCAGUGCCCCAAGGCCCUCCUCGAUGUCAGCGGCUGCAAGCGUAACGACGACGCCCAGUUCCCUGCCUUCAAGGGUGAUACCUCGGCCAGCAAGCCUAUCGUCAACAAGCCCAGUGCCGCUGCUCAGCCCGCGAAGACCAAGCAGCCCGAGCCUGUUGUCCAGAAGCCCACGUCCACCAAGGCCGCCGAGAAGCCCUCUGCUACCAAGGUACAGCAGCCCUCCAAGGCCCCAGCAAACGGAUCUAACCCCAAGCCUCAGCCUGCUGCUACCAAGCCUGCCCAAGUCAGCAACAAGCCCCAGGCUACCCAGAAGGUUGGUGGAUCUAAGACCCGUGGAAGUUGCCCCAGCAAAACUAAGACAACUAUUCAGCCCGCGGCCCCCGCUAAGUCCGCUGUCGCUGCGUACAACCAGUGCGGUGGCUCCAAGUCCGCCUAUCCCAAUGGCAGCCUUUCUUGCGUUUCCGGAAGCAAGUGUGUCAAGAUGAACGAGUACUACUCUCAGUGUAUCCCCAACUAA